AUGGGUCAUGUUUCAGAGUUUGAGAAAGUGCAUCUAGUCUCAGGAAUUAGUGAUUUUGUGGCCUAUGACUAUAUGUCCUCUGAAGAUGAUGGCCCUGGGUUUGCAUGGGAUGCUGGUGAAACCUCAACACAUGGUCAGUUCCAUGGCUUCCAGGAGAACACCAACAUUGACAAGCCAAAGUGUCAUGUUCCUCGCUCUGUGUUGGAUGAGGCCUGGAUGGUUGCAUCUGGCAACCAAAACAUUAUUCUUGAAGUUAUUGAGAUUGAGGAUUGCAAGCUUGACCAGGAAGACUUGGCUGCACUGAAGGAAUGGAGAGAAUGGGACAGUCAAGCAAACCAGGUUAAUGUUACAAGUAUAGAUGAGGCAUAA